AUACAUUUUAUUUCGAAAACGGCUCUAACGAUUUUCUUUAAAAUUUCAAGCUUUCUUGUUGAUCAGUUGUUGCCAAGCAACAAGUCAGAUGUCUUCAUGAUUAGCCAAUCAGCUAGCAGCGCCGGUGUUUUGAUCAGCGAUGAGGACUUUAACAAUUUCAACAAUUAUUUUCUCCAGAUGUCACUUUCAUUGAUUUCUUCCGUUGGCAUCGUGACAAAUGUCAUUAAUGUCAUAGUCUACUGGAAGCAUGUGCCGAAAGACGGUGUCACAUCUACGUUUAUUUUCCUGUCUGUGUCUGACGUAGCAUGCUGCGUGUUCUCUUUGCUUAGCAUCUGUUGUCAUAUCGUCCAGGGUCACUGGCCCAUCAGGGGUGUUAAUAUGUUAGCAGUCCAGUACGCAUACCUUGGUUAUACCCGGGGAUGCGCCUACGUCAUUUCUACCUGCCUUACGGUCUACCUAUCAGUGGAACGCUGUUUCUGCAUCAAAUUCCCGCUUAAUGUCAAGGUUAUCCUUGCCCCGCACCGCUCUUUGCUCAUUAAAUUUUCCAUCGUGGUCUUUGGUCUUGCCUGUUUCGCUCCAGCCUGGGCCACACAAGGCCUGCAGGUCGUCUUCGACACUACCACCAACGAAACUCACCUUGACCUUUGGCUGGCUGACUGCAGGCGAGAGAUCGAUCUUUUUGUUGACACGUUUGCCGGAGUUGUGAUACCAACCGUCGCCCAAGUCGUGAUAACUGUCUGUGCUGUUUUUAUCAUCAACGGCCUAAAAUCGUCCGCCGAAUUUCGACAGGCCGCCUCAGGAAAACAAAUAAAGUCCAAACUGGGAGAGACAACUUUGCUCGAAGACUUGGGCGACAAGACUCAGACGAUCAUGACGUCAAAGGAAGCCAAAGCAGCAAAAGUUGUAGUCCUUGUCGCCGUCCUCUUCUUCGCCUGCAAUGUCCCAGUUCUGCUGGUGGCCUACACAAGGAUGUUUAUCACUGAGCUUGACUUCGGUAAAAUGUAUUACAAACUGUACACUGUACUGUACACCGUAGUCUACGUCUCUGGGCUGAUCAACGCCUGCGUGAACAUUGUGAUCUACUAUACAGUUAGCGCCAAAUUCAAGUCAGUAUUUCUCUCAGUGCUCUGCAGGUCAUAAAAAGAAUUAUUAAGAAAAAUUCUACACUGGCCACUGGAUGCAGGGCCGGUCCUACAGAUUGCGGGGCCCGAUGCGAAACGGAUUUCGCGGGGCCCAGUCUGGGUAUGGAGAACGAUAAUAAGUGAAAAUUAAGAUUUUGUAUUAGAAAAUAAAUUCGUCUUUGCAUUUUAUUCAUACUUUACUAAGUACAAAAUCACUGUCAAAUUACCUUUACAAGCCUUCUACAGUAGAUAGUAGUUUUCCAACAAAAAAAGCCGAUAAACAUUCAGAUCUGCCUUUUAAAUUUACUAUCGACUAGCAAAAUAGGCCUAUCCCUUUUUUUAAUAGGUCGAGAUAGAUUUAGAUCUAUAUUUGUAUGCCAGUGACUAUAAAAGUAAAUUAACUAUUAUAACUUUCUAUGUACAGCUGUAUCCGCCACAUUUUUAAACGACAAUGCUGUUGUUUUUUUUUUAAUGAGUAGAAUUGGUGUUUACCAUAUUGAAUAUUCAAUGACACCCCGAAAUGACAAUUUUGUCUGUCUUUAAGGAGACUUGCAUGAGUUUUCAGAAGAUUUUAAUAAGUUCAGGAGAUUGUUAUGACUUUUUCGUAUAAAUUGCUAUUUCAGGAGAAUUUCAGGAACCCUUAAAUAAUAAGUUAAAAUGGUUUAUUUUAACAAUUUACACGGGGCCUAUGAAAGUGCGGGGCCCACUGCGGCCGCAUAGGUUGCAGUGAACUAAGACCGGCCCUGACUGGAUUAAGAAAAUCUUCAAUGAAUUGUGGUUACCUGUAGAGAAUAUCCGGACAGUAACAACGAAUAAAUAUAAGCUCACGUUUUUUU